CGUGCACGGAGAAAAAAAGGAAAACUCAAAUGACUCUGAACGAUAAUAAUAAGGCUGCGUUGUUUAUCCAAAGAAGGGGGUUGGACGUCUGGUGAAUUCGCCAAACUCUCCUAAAUUUCCAUUUUCUUUCCCUCUCACAAAACUUUACCACUUUGUGUUCACAAGACUGCCUCAAUCUCACUUCACCGCACCGCCGACCAAGGUCAGCGCCAGUGGCCGCCCACGGGAGCUGGCAACGCGGCACCGAACUUCUGCGGACCCCGGUGGCUGCUUUUUUUAUUGGGAGUUUGACUCACUGGCUGAGUAAACGACGGACUAACAGACUGUCCCUGUACGGAUGGAGGAAGCCUUAGCAACGAAGGGGUAGCUAAAUAAGACAAAUAAACCUCCGAAAGUCAAGUUUGUGAGCGUUAAACGAAGUGACACCAUGUUGGGAAACCCAGGAUCUUAUGCUAACAAGAAGAGGAAGAAGCCUGUUCUGAAGCAUAAGAAGGUCUCUGAUGGCAAUGAAGUUGUUAAAACAAACCCUUCAAAGCGCCACCGGGAUCGGCUGAAUGGGGAACUGGACCGGCUGACGGACCUUCUGCCCUUUGAAGGGGAGGUUCGCACUCGUUUGGAUAAGCUGUCGGUCCUUCGCCUCAGCGUGGGUUACCUGAGAGUCAAGAGCUACUUUAAAGCAACCAUGAAGAACAGCAGCAGCAGUCUGAUGUUCUCUGGAGUGAACGGGCAGAAUGGGAACAGCAUGGACACCGCAGGCUUCUCUGAGGGGGACCUUCUGCUCCAGGCGCUGAACGGGUUUGUGAUGGUGGUCACGUCAGACGGAUCUGUGUUUUAUGUCUCUUCCACAAUCAAGGACUACCUGGGCUUUCAACAGUCAGAUGUGGUUCAUCAGAGUGUGUUUGAGCUCAUCCACACUGAUGACCGAGCCUUGUUCAGACAGCAGCUUCACUUUGCUCUAAACCCCACAUCUGAUGGUACGGAUGUGGAUGUGUUGAAGAGUUGUGGUAGUACGGUGAUGUACAGUCCUGAGCAGCUUCCCCCAGAGAACUCGUCCUUCCUGGAGAGGAGCUUUGUGUGUCGCUUCCGCUGCCUCCUGGACAACUCCUCUGGCUUUCUGGCUCUGAAGUUCCAAGGGCGACUAAAGUACCUCCACGGCCAGAAGGUUUUGAACAGGGACUGUAACAAAUCUCAGCUGGCACUCUUUGCCAUUGCUAUGCCCGUCCAGCCUCCAACCAUUGUGGAGAUCAGAGCUAAAAUGCUCCUCUAUCAAACCAAGCAUCAGUUGGACUUCACACCCAUGGCCGUUGAUAGCAGGGGAAAGAUUAUCCUGGGCUAUUCAGAGACGGAACUCUGUAUGAGAGGCUCCGGCUACCAAUUCAUCCACGCAGCUGACAUGAUGUACUGUGCCGACAACCACAUCCGCAUGAUUAAAACAGGAGAGAGCGGUCUCACUGUUUUCAGGCUCCUUAGUAAGUCUCGUGGCUGGGUGUGGGUGAAGUCCAACGCCAAGCUGAUCUACAAAGGAGGAAGACCUGAAUUCAUCAUUGCAUAUCAGAGAGCUUUAUCCAAUGCUGAGGGUGAGGAAUAUCUGCGCCAGAGGAGGCUGCAGCUUCCCUUCAACCUUACCACAGGAGAGGGCAUCCUCUACAACAACGACACCACGGUGGACCUUCAACAGUUUCAGUUCAACAAAAUGUUCAGCAACGUUAACAAAAUGAAGGAGGAUGUGACCCCCGGCUCUCUGCUGGACUGCUUCCUGAGUCAGGAUGAAACCGCUUACAUGCCGCGGACAGUGGACACCCCUCUACCUGUGGACCAAGUGUUCAUGGACAGCCAGGCGCUGGUCAGCAUCGCCAGUGACUCAUGGCAGGAUGACGGCACUACAGCUACAACCAGUGACCCUGUUGUAGUGAAAGAGGAAGCCAAGCAGUCAGUGAUGGCUGUAAUCGACAACCUGGAACAAAUGGCUCAAAGCGGUGACUUUUGCACAGCGUUGCAGAACCUGGACGUCGGUGACGCAGAGCUGAUGGAAUGGAAUAAUGCCCUCAAGAGAUUAAGUCAGGACCAGGAUCAGCAGAGCAAUGUCAGGUCUGAGCUGGACAGCAUCCUCACUAAUGACAUAUUUGAUUACAUCGAUACGGUUUUGUUCAAGGAGAAGGGAGAAGACUGUAUAAAUGGCAGCCCUGCCAGCUGCCUCCCAGCUGUCAACAACAAUCAACAGGACCCCGUCACUCAGGCUGCCCGGCUCUCAGCUACUGGUCUCGGUGAUCCACAGCUGUUUCAAACACCGAGACCCGAUCAGACUUACUCUCCGAUGAAUGGUCUCUAUGCUCACCAGCAGGAUGCAAUGACUGGCCCAGCGAUUGCAGGGCGUAGCUUAGUAGAGUCCACUCAGAUAUUCAACAGCACCCAGAAACUCUCCCACGGUCCCCUGAUUACUCCAGUUGAUACCAACCUGCCCCCUCUUCAACAGCUGCAGCUCCAGGACAUUUUCAGCCCGUCUAUAGAGCUUCCAGAGCUCACUGUCCCUGACACCUCUGCCCCUUUUCAAUCAUGUGGGCAGACAUCUAUCAGCCAAAUGGGCUGCCCUCAGGGGACUUCAGCACAGAUGCAGUCCAACCAACUUCUGCAGUGUCUUCAAAACAAUGUGCAAGCGCCCGCAAUAGCAGCAAAUGGACAGUUGCUACAAAGCUCCGUUCAACAACCAAACAACGUAGCGACCGGCAUAAUAGACAUUUUGCCAGCCCUGAUUCCGUGCAGUGACUUCAAUUCCACUGGCGCACCAAAUGUUCCCAUUCCCUUUGCCCCAACAUGUCUGCAAGGAAGGCCUUCUUUUGAAACGCACAACCACCAGGUUCAGCAGUGGCCGCAGAGCCACAUGCAGAAGCUGCCCCACACUGGCAUCAUGCAGAAUGGACAGAAGCUGAUGCCAGCGUGCCACAGCCUAACGCCAGAAAGCCAAACAUUCCCACAUGCUGCCGGCCUUUGGCCAAGGGAGUUCACAGGACUGAACCCCACGCAACAGCAUGGAGGGCUGAUAUGUGGCCAGGCAGCCACUCACAGCAGCUGCAUGUUCAACCAGCACUUGUCAUCCGAGCCAGCAGGCGGCAACGUCCUGGCUCAGCUUGGGCCUCCAGGCCCCCUGAGGGGGGCUGAAGCAUCUCUGGAUGAUAGUCCUCCUCAAGGUUCCUGCUACUUCCAGUGGGGCCACAGUGAGCCCGUGGUGGGCACAUCAGCCAUAAACCAUGAGAACGUCAACAUCAGCCCUAUGACCGCUCCGCCCAACAUGCCUGCUACAGAGCACACACUCAACAUUCAGCACUACCUGGAAUACCAAAGACACACACAGGUAAACAAAUAAUUUAAUUAAUAUAAUAAUA